UGAUGUAGGACGUGGGCGGGGUUUCCGCUCCCACCGGAAGUCAGUCGAGCGAAAUCCAUCUGUUUAGCUCCAAGAGUAAUGGAACAAAUACAGUGAUUCGUUUACCCGGUCGCGUUUGAAAGCCAUGGCUCAGACUGAGAAGAAAGCAGGUCUUCUGAGGAGAACCUCCUCUUCGAAGAAGCCUCUGAAGGAGAAGGUGGUGCUGAUGUAUGAUGAGAUCUUCGCGAAAGAGGACCCUACUAAGAACAAUCCUCGCUUCUGGGACGAGCUGUUUCUGAUGAAGGUCAAUCUGGAGUAUCUGGAAGGGAAGUUGGAGUCUCUGGACGGAGAUGAAGUCAUGAAAAUCAAAGACAACAUCAACAGUUUGUUCCACCACUGCGUUCAAGCUCUGGGUGAAGAGCACCAGAUCAAAGUAGUCAAUGCGCUUCAGACUCUUUGCGCGCUCUUCAGAGGAGUUCACCAGAAGAACAAAUCCUCCACGGGCUUUGACAUCAUCAACAUGCUGAUGGGCUUCGACAAAGCUGAGCUGCGGAUGAAGGAGCUCAUGGAGAGCCUGGACAGCCUGCUGUGCGGUGAUGGAUCAGAGAGCCUGAAGAGCUUGUGUCUAAAGCUACUGCUGUGUCUGGUCACCGUGACCGAUAAUAUUAGUCAGAACACUAUACUGGAGUAUGUGAUGAUCAACAGUAUAUUUGAGGCCAUUCUACAGAUCCUGUCUGAUGUUUCCAGUCGAGCGCAGCACGGAUACGAUGCCGUGGUACUUUUAGCUCUGCUGGUCAACUACAGGAAGUAUGAGUCCGUGAAUCCUUACAUUGUGAAACUCUCAAUAGUGGACGACGAGCCGACCCUGGACGGCAUGGGAAUGGUCAUCCACCACGCACUUGCAGAGUACAAUAGACAGUAUAAAGACAAAGAAGAAGAAAACCAAGGAGGCUUUUUCUCCACCCUUACCAGCAUGGUGGGCAGUAUGUUCAUCGCUGAUGCAGACGAGAAGCUGUCAGUACAGACUAAUGAGGCCAUCUUGCUCGCUCUCUACGAGGCAGUACAUCUCAACAGAAACUUCAUCACGGUUCUCGCACAGAGCCACCCGGAGAUCGACAUUGCAACAACCCCGGCUACGCCCGUCCCCGCCUCCCCCACGACCCCGCUGGGCACCACACCGCCCUCUCUGGACAUGAUGAAUAAUCCUGAGCUUCCUCUGGACCCAAACUUGCAGACGAGUAAUCUUCUUAUAACCUUCCUCAAAUAUUCCUCCAUCGUAAUGCAGGACACCAAAGAUGAACACAGACUCAACAGUGCCAGGCUGUGCCUCAUCAUCCUGACCUGCAUAGCCGAGGACCAGUACGCCGACGCCUUUCUCCAUGAUGAUAACAUGAACUUCAGGGUCAACUUGCACAGAAUGCCCAUGAGGCAUCGAAGAAAGCAUGGAUAAAAAAACAUCCCUCGGCCUUUAGUUUGUGCGGUUCUGGAUCUGAUGGUGGAGUUCAUUGUUACUCAUAUGAUGAAGGAGUUUCCUAUGGAUCUCUAUGUGCGCUGCAUUCAGAUAAUUCACAAACUGAUCUGCUACCAGAAGAAGUGCAGAAUUAGGAUGCACUACACAUGGAGAGACCUCUGGUCAGCGCUCAUUAACCUUCUGAAGUUCCUGCUGUCUAAUGAGACCGGCCUUCUGGCGAAGCACAAUAUCUUCCAGCUGGUUCUUCAGGUGGUGAACCUCUUUAACAUGUUCAUCACGUACGGAGACACGUUUCUUCCCACUCCCAGCAGCUACGACGAGCUCUAUUACGAGAUUAUACGCAUGCAUCAGGUGUUUGAUAACCUCUACUGCAUGGUGCUGCGAGUUUCGACCAACGCGGGCCAGUGGAAGGAGCCGGCUAGUAAAGUAACUCACGCUCUCGUCAACGUCAGAGCCAUCAUUAACCACUUCAACCCUAAGAUCGAGUCGUACGCCGCCGUGAACCACAUCUCACAGCUCUCAGAAGAUCAGGUGCUGGAGGUGGUGCGCUCAAACUACGACACGCUAACCUUGAAGCUGCAGGACGGUCUGGAUCAGUUUGAGCGCUACUCCGAGCAGCCCAGAGAGGCCGGCUUUUUCAAGGAGCUGGUCCGCUCCAUCAGUCUGAACGUGAGGAAGAACGUGUCCCUGAGUACCAUGAGUCAGGACGUCCUGCUGAAGGAGUUCUCCUCCAUUUCUUGAGACCACGGGACCUUUGACCUUUAUACUGCACAUCCAUCUGAGGCUUCUCAAUGUUACACCAGACUAUCCAGAACCGGACAGAACUGGAUCUGGUCUCUUUAGGCUGUAUUUCUGAUGCGGUGUGAGUCUGAACACACUCAGAACUGACUCAGUAUUGGCUUAACCAAGCAAUCGGCCCGACUUUGCACAAUGUGAAUUUUGAUUCUGACUACCCGGUAUUUUUGGUUUAGAAUUUUUCCUUUUUUCUUUCUUUUAACGGCGGUCCAGUGCUUACUUUUGAUCCUACUGUGUAUUCUUCAUUGCCUUAGCACCGAACCGCUGAAAACCAAUGUACCUGCACAAAAUUAUCGACGAUUUUCUUUUUUUUCUUUCUUUUUUUCUGCAUUCAGAGUGAAUCGAAAUAAAUUGCUUCAUUUUCAUGAGACUGAAAAAGAAAUGUCUGGGUCAUAAUUCACUGUAUAUUCCGAAGAUCAAGAUAAAAUUAAGCCAUUAAGAUUUGCGUUCUGACAUAUUUUCAUUUUCUAAAAAUUCUCAUUCAUGUAAUGCAAAGGAAAGAUUCUCAUUACCGCAACAAAAAUCUAUUUACGGUGAUGAUCAUUUUUACAACCUUUUUUUAAAAAUCAGUGUAACGCGUAUUACCGCGAUGCAUACUUGCCAGUUUUAAUAUUUUUAAUAAUACACUGAUGAGAAUUUGAUAUCAAAUUUGGUUCGUUGCCCUCUCGUUGCAAUGCACUAAAAUCAGCAAUAAUAUAUUUCCUGUCUUUUUAUUUAUUAAAAACGGCAUUUACAACCAUUUACUUUUUUGAAUAAGACAUACAUUUGAGUAAAAUUCUAUUACAAUGCAAACAAAGAUGAAUAUUCCUAAAUUUCAUUUUCAUGACAUUUCAGCGCGUUUCCUACAAAAAUCGAAUUCUCGUACCACACUACAAUAAGAAUUAUUAUCCUUUCCUUUUUUAAUUAAAAACGUAAUUUCAGUGUCGCUCAUAAUGCCGUAACGCGUGAUUAAAUUUUACCUCUGAGUUUAAAUAAUAUACAUAUAUUUUUUUUAUUUUACGGUAAUGAGCGCUUGAGGAGAGAAUUGAGUUUUCCUGUCGUAUUAAUAAACCAAUAGGCUUCAUUUUUAAGCAUUUUUAAAAUGUGACCUGGACAUUUCUUGUCAGCUUUCGUGAGGUUCACCCUCGAGUGUAAGUGCGUUAAUUUUUUACGAAUCCGACAGUCUCUUAAUUCUCUUCGCUCUCGGUGUAUCCCAGUAUUGCGAGAUGAUUCAGUGUGGUAUCAUGCGAAGCUGCAGCGUUAAAGCGACGCUGAGUAAAGAAAGAAUCAAAUGUAUUCGAUUCGACACUCCUCUGAGAGCUAGUUCUAGAACAUUUAGUGCAUUGUAGAAUCCGGCUCUACUACUGCUUAGUCUAAUUUAAUCCGACACGUGGAGGGUAACUGAAUAAAACGAACACAUUUCAACGAAAUGCUUUGUAAGUUCUUCCUGGGUUUGGUCCUGAAUGAGUAUUUGGCUUUGUCUUGGUGUUUGUUUCCUUAUUAAAUCUUAUUUUGUACAACAUACACAAUGAUGGGAGGCGUCUUGGUUUGCGUCACGGACUUCAACGUUAGCUCCUCGACAUGUAACCCAAAUUUCGACUUGUCCCGAGUAACAGAUAAAAAAAAUAGAUAUUCUUUGCUUAAUCGAACGACAUGCUUCAGUCCGAAACGCAUUAACGCAAAUAACAAUGAUGGAAGCUGUUUCUACGUUAUUACGUUUAAGCAGCAAAAUAUGCCGUAAUAUUCAAAACUACGCAUUUCAACUCCCCUCCAAAGAUUUAUUCCCUAUAGCCGCCAAGAGAGGUUCGUGUGGCGGUGAGAUAAAAGAAAGCGUUUAAUUUCUUCUUCAGAAGGGCAAAUGUUGAUAACGUUAUCUGCUUAAUGUAAGUUGUGGCGACUGUACGGACAGAAGUAUUGGGACAAACGUCUUGAGGUCCACCGAAUGAGCCUCAGGCGGAAGAAAAUGUAAGAAAAUAAGAAUAUUUUCUUAUAAAUUAAAAGGCAAUAUGUUACUUUACAACUUACUUGGAACAAAAAUAACUUGUUAAUUGUAAUGUUAUACAAACAUUGUAUGUGUAGAUAUGUGUAUAUAUAUAUAUGUAUGUAUAUAUGUAUAUAUAUAUAUAUGUGUGUGUGUAUGUAUAUAUAUAUAUAUAUAUAUAUGUGUGGCAACCAAUUAAAAAUGUGUUAAUUUGGCCACAGUUUACUUAAAAUUAGGAAAUUAUAUAUAAUAACUUUCAAUUAAGGAAGGAAUUGUUCAUUAAACUGGGGUAGCUCCUGAUGCACAAAUCAAUUUUUCCCUUUCACGUGAAAUUUUCCAAACUAUUUCCAAAUUACAGGAUUUUGUGUUUAUGCGUUCCCACCUUGACGUCGAUGGUGUGGAUUCCUUUAAAGCGUGCGAUGUAAAAAAACAAACAAAGGUGAUAAAUACGAACAAACUAAUAAAUAUUGAUCACAGGC